AUGAGGCAUUGUGAUGUGAUCGCGUUGAGGUGGUGUGUACCAAAGCAUUUACCUGGUAUCACGUAUCGAACGCUGAUGCGAUGGGAAAUGCAAAAAAGGCUACCGAAAGAAAUUGAUUUUGAAGGAAUGAGUACAGACUUUACCACAUUCGGACUAAUCAAUCUCAUCAAGGCAUUCGAACGUGAGCAUCAUCAAUGGCUAUCGUCACCGAACGAAACCACCGAACCGCCACCGGUCGAGUGGAAUCUGGGUGAAGCGCUUCGAACCGACGAUCCAGUCAAAGGAUUGCGGUCGCUUCGUCGAGUUCAACUACGACAUUCGACGGUGAUCGCACAACCGGGUCGAGAAGAAUACGAAGUGAUCCCAUCGUGGGCAUCACAAAUCGCUGACAAUAGUUUUGUAGCGAUUCAAUUCAUGACACGACGUUCGAAUUCGUGUAUGAUGUCCACUGGAAAUGUUAUUGAAAAUCAUUCGAGGCGAAUAUCUAGCCUAUAG